AUGGCCGACGCCGACGCCGCGAUCGCGUCGUUCAUGGCCAUCACCGGCUCGGCCGACGAGAACACGGCGCGCUUCUGGGUCGACGCCGCGGGCGGCAACGUCGAGCUCGCCGUGGGCAAUUUUUUGGAUGGCAACAAUGCGGGCGGCGCCGCCGCGCCGCCGCCGCAGGACGACGCCGCGGUCGCGGCAGCUUUACAUGCACGGGAGAUGGAGCACGAGGUCCGCGCGCCGGACUCUGUCAAAAGAGGGCGACUCCUCGCGGACUUCCCGGGCGCCGACGACGACGAGGACGCGUACACGCCGGGCGCCGGCGCGUUCGACGACGACGAGGACGACGAAGAGGCGGAAAAGCCGGCGGGCGGCCUGUCGUCCAUCUUCGCGCCGCCGACGGAGCUCACGCAUUCCGGAGACUUCCAGAAGGCCCGGGCCGACGGCAAGGCCCAGAAGAAGUGGUUAUUAGUAGUAAUCACGAACGAGGCCGUGUUCGCGUGCCACGAGAUGAAUCGCGACUGCUGGAGCGACGACACGGUCCGGGCCGUCGUCGAGGCGUCGUUCAUCUUGUGGCUGCGGCCGCACACGGACCCCCAAGCCUCGACCUACUGCGACCGCUACGACCGCGACCGCGCGCUGCCUUUACAGGGGGGCUACUCGGCGCACCCUGUGCACCCGCAUUUAGCUGUUGUCGACCCGCGAACCGGGCGGCGCGUCUGGACCAAGGACGGCAAGGUGUCCAGGGAUCGGCUCGUCGAGCUGCUGUCGGACAUCACGGAGCGCCACUCGCUCGAGGAGCUCGCGCCCGUCCAGGUGGCGCCCCGCGCGGCGACGCCGCCCCCGCCGGCUCCGCUCGUCGGCGGCGCGGCCCUCGGCGGCGGCGUGGGUUCGGCCUUCGCCGCGCCGCCGCCGCCGCCCGCACCGCCGCCGCCGCCGGCGGACCCCUGGGCCGACGCCGUGCUCUCGCCCGAGCCCGCGGCCGGUGGCGUCAUGGUCGCGUUCCGCGGCCCGGGCAUCCAGCGAAAACGCCGCUUCGUCGAGACGGACGCCGUCGCGGCGCUCUUCAAGUACGUCCAGGCCGAGGCGAAGCCGGCCGGCGGCUUCGACCUGCUCUGCGGCUUCCCGCCGCGGCAGCUCGCGCCGAUGGCGUCCACGCCGCUCAAGGACGCGGACGUCCACGGCCAGGCGGUCCAGAUGAAGCUGACGUCCUAGGCACGGCGGUGGCGUUGUUCCCCUCGUAAAAACGCAUUCGUGUACUU